CCAAUCGUCCGCGACGACGUAAAACUAGGUCUCGUCCGCGACGACGUAAAACUAGGUCUCGUCCGCGACGACGUAAAACUAGGUCGCGUCCGGGAUGACGUUAAACUAAGCAUUGACGUCCGCAAAGACGAUAAACUACGGAUCGUCCGAAACGACGAUAAACUACGGACCGUCCCGCAUGACGUUUUAAACUGCCAGUCGUGGAUAUAUCUCGCAACCCGACAAAUAUAUCAGCUGUGGUCUUGA